AUGAAGCGUCACUCGUACGCGUGCUUGGUGCAGCAAGCAAACCAGCCCGCAUCCACCCCUCUUCAGAACAGAACCGCCAUGGCGACUCCCAAUAUUGCUGAAUUGGUGAUACGCGAGAUUUCGCCCGUUAUCACCAUAUUCUCCAAACCGUUCUCUCGAUUUGGUCUUCUGCCUUUUGGUGGCCGCUCUACAGCAGUCAAGCUUUCAACUGGCGACGUUUGGGUUCUUGCUUCCACACCGCUGACCGAAGACACAAAAGCUACCAUUGACAAACUAGGGCCUGUCAAAUGGAUCAUCGGCGCGGAUGCUGUACACCAUUUGUACCUGGGUCAAUUCAAAACGGUAUAUCCGGAUGCCAAAGUGAUCGGUGUGGCUGCCCUGGUAUCGAAAAAAGCCAAGGAAGGUUUAGUUCUUGAUGGAGUCUAUGGCGCCGAUCCAGUUGAAGCCAAAUAUGGUUUCGAAGAGGAGAUAUAUGCUUGCUACUUCGAUGGAUUCGCUAACAAGGACAUCGCAUUCUUCCAUGUCGCCUCGAGGACCCUUAUCGUUGCUGAUCUUCUGUUCAACCUCCCUGGCACGGAACAGUACAGCAAGGCACCUCGACCAUCCAAAUCCCAUGUUCCUCUCGUUGGCAAGAUAGAACCAUUUGGCAGCUUGCAUAAGCGAUUUGUCUGGAGUCAGGGAAAGGAUAAGAAGGCCAUGGCCAGAGAUGCAAAAACAGUGCUUGAAUGGGCUCCCGAACGAGUGAUCAUGUGCCAUGGCGAUGUCAUUGAAACGAGUGGAACAGAGGCGUGGGCUGCUGCGUAUAGCAAAUAUCUGGCUUAA